AUGUCGCCCAGCAACUAUCCAUCGAUUCAACCAACCCGCUCUCUUUCCCAGUCGGAUGAGCUGAUGGUAGUGGCCGAGUAUCUAACUGAUACGUCGAACUAUCAUCAUGAUAUGCUCUACGAUCUCUUCGAGGUCGUGCGAUCGACGGUUCCCAGCCAUGCAGACGCCCUGCUAAAACUCAUCCGAAGUCGCGCCUCCAUAGAAGAGGUGCGUUCCUAUCUGGACCAGACUCUUGCCGAGAUGCACGCUGCCGGGAAGGACUCGCAUGCGCUGCAACAACUUUACGGCAUCUGGCAAGGGAUUGAGGUGGAAAGUGAAGCACCCAAGUUUCGACCCAUGAUGAUGGAUAUCCGGUAUCUGACGGGGAAUGCUCCCUUUCGGGUACCCGCGAAGCCUUGGACCAGCGUCACGGAUGAUGACGACCUCGUAUCCCAUCUAGUUUCCCUGUAUCUGACUUGGGACUAUCCGUUCUUUGCAUUUAUGGACCGCAAGUCCUUCCUGAAGCACAUGGCGAUGGGGAAUGUGGAUUCCGACUUCUGCAGCCCAUUUUUAGUCAAUGCGCUGCUCGCCAACGCAUGCUACUACUCACCCUAUUCCGAGGCGUACACGGUUCCAGGGGAUGUGAGGACGAAAGGUGCGGACUUCCUCGCGGAAGCGGAGCGCCACAUGAAAAGACACCAAUUCGAAAAGGGCAAUGACAUUCGACUACCGACCCUGCAAGCGAUCCUUCUCCUCUACGAGAGAUAUUCCGUCUCAGGAAAUGGUGAUCAUGGCUACGCCAUGCUACAUCGUGCCAUCGAAAUGGCAGAGUCUCUAGGGAUUAUCAAUCAUAAAAGGCGAGAGCUCAAGACAUCGCAGAUGUCUGAAGACAUGAUUAUGUCCAUCAAGCGGACCGCUUGGGGCCUCUAUCAAAUCGACACGGUUGUUCACACGAACUUCCUCAAGCCAAGUCGCGUGAACUCAGUGAGCAUUGACCGGAUUGCGCGGGAUGACGCAGGCGCAGGAGAUAUAUGGACUCCCUACCCCCUACCUCGCCCCGCCCGGCUAUCUUAUCUGAGUCAGUACUUCGAUGAUGCUUGUCAGCUGUCUGACAUUGCCCGUGACAUCUCUCGGAGCUUGUCCAAGGAAGGGAACUCUGCUCCCGGUUACAAUCAGCGCAAACGGGAGCUCUAUCUGCGGCUCCGCAAAUGGCAGCGGGGGCUUCCGCCGUGUUUUGAUCCAGCUGAAAAGCCCGCUCCCCAUAUCAUCCUCCUCUGGAUGCGAUAUCACACACUAGUGAUCAAUCUUUGCUUCGAUGCCCUCGGCCCCAGUGCACGAUUGUUCCAUCAGAACGAAACGUCCGACGCCAAAGAUCAGUUCAACCCGUUUGCCAUUGCCAUCUCGUCCGCGCGAUCGAUUGCCUCUCUCGCUCGACUCCAGCGAACUGAGUUCGGGAUGGAACACGCCCACCAGUUUGCCAUGUACGCAGUGAAUCUCGCGCUGUUUGCUCUUCUCGAGCAGAAGAGCUUCGAUAUCCUUGACCAAGACUUCCUGGCUUUGACCAGUGCCUUUUCUAUUAUUGCCUGUCGGUCCCAGGUGGGCCGCAACCUGUUUCAUCUUUUCAAACUGUCCGUGCGCUCUCGCAACCAGGGAUCGAGAGUCGCACGCUCCACGGAUGUCCCUCCCGGUAUCAAGGAAUUGUUCCGGCAGGACUCGGAAUCGCAACAGCCCGAUCGAUGGGACCACUACGCCGAGGGGUUGACCAAAGCUGACGUUGACCCCAGCUACAUUGAUGGGAUGGGAAGCGAAGUGGAGUCGUCGGCGGCGACUGGGAUGCAUGAUAUGCUCGAGCGGUAUGAGCGACUGAGCCUAGGGAAAGAGGAAGGAUGGGGGGCACGUUCUCGGAGAGGGAUGUUCUGA